ACACAAUUAGUUCUCACUCCAAGGCACCCACAAAGAACACGAAUUCAGAGACGGACCAAGAAAAAUCUAAGCCUUGUUGGCUUUGAUUUUUGCCUUCAUUUUCUCAUUGAUGUAACAUUCCCCUAUACACACCCGACCACCGUAUAUAUAGAGAGAACUGUUGAACCCAUAAAGCCAAAGGGGAAAAAGAAAUUUUUGAAAAUAAUCCAAUUGUAGAACACACACAUAGACGUACAUGGUUUAAAGAGGAAAAGAAGUUUUUAUAUGCUGUGUGUUUUCUGAAAUGGGUGAUGUGAUUAGAUUUUCCUGCAAUUCACUGACUUUUUGUUCUUCGAUUGUGACUGCAUUUUCUUCGUCAUUGAAUUCUUUUCAACCGAUUCUUCCACCCAAUCAAAGGCUACGUAAAGGGGUGGUUUCUGUUUCAGAUGCUUCCUCUGUUAUGGAUUCUUCUUCUUCAGUUGACUUUAGACCUCGCAAGCAAUUGGCAUCUUUUAAGGUACAUGCAACUGUUACUGAAACUGAGCAACCUAAGUGGUGGGAAAGGAAUGCAGGCCCCAAUAUGAUUGACAUUCACUCAACACAAGAAUUCUUAAAUGCCUUGAGUGGGGCUGGGGACAGACUAGUUAUUGUCGAGUUCUAUGGAACAUGGUGCGCUUCGUGUCGAGCACUAUUUCCCAAGCUAUGCAGAACUGCCGAGGAACACCCAGAAAUUUUGUUCCUGAAAGUCAAUUUCGAUGAAAACAAGCCUAUGUGUAAGAGUUUGAAUGUAAAGGUACUUCCUUAUUUCCACUUCUAUCGAGGAGCAGACGGACAACUGGAGUCGUUCUCUUGUUCUCUUGCAAAAUUUCAGAAAAUAAAGGAUGCCAUUGUGUUGCAUAGUACGGCUCGUUGUAGCAUUGGUCCUCCUAGAGGUGUUGGGGAUCUCAACCUCGAAAGUCUCUCAGCCCCGAAGGAGAAGCAAACAGAAUCUACUGCAACGUAGUACAUCCUUAAAUUCAAGCGAUUGUCUAUACCAACGCAUGUGUUUUCUGGUCUUUAGGUGAACCCUCAAGUUUUUAAUGAUUGAUUUUGUGUGAUUGCAAUUUACUGUACAAAACUUCAGCAUUCUUGGAUAUAUAGUAUGGCUUGUGACCAUGUAGUAAUCUCAUUCUUGUCUCAAUAGAAAUGUAUUUUUAUGCCAUGUCA